UUUCCUCGCUGCUAAGCUUUAUCAGUGUUUGUGUGGGCGUUGGGGUGUAUGUGUAAGAAGGAUAUUAAGACUUUUAGAGAGGAGGGUGGGAAGAAGAGAUUCGGGGGGGGGGGUAGGAGGAGAGAGAGGGAGAGAGAGGAAGGAGAAAAGAAAAGAAGAGGGAAUGGAAAGAGAGAGGGAGAGGAAAUGGGAGAGAAAGGAAAGAGGACUGCUUUAUAGCUGCUAAGAUUGCAGACAGAAAUAGCACACAACCACCGUGAGCUGUAUGAGACUCAGAAACCAAGACUAAAUUGUAUUCACUUUUCUUAAUCAGUUGCUCAGAAAGAAAGAGAUGACAUCUGGUCCCAUCUUCUUCUACAUCUUGAUUUUUGGAAAAUAUUUUUCUCAUGGGAGUGGACAGGAGGUCAAGUGCUCCCUCGGCUAUUUCCCCUGUGGGAACAUCACCAAGUGCUUGCCUCAGUAUCUUCAUUGUAACAGCGUGGAUGACUGUGGGAACCAGGCCGAUGAAGAAAACUGUGGAGACAACAAUGGAUGGGUUUUUCAAAUUGAGAAAAAUUUUAUCAAUUACAACAGAACGACCUUCCCAUACCUCUUAGAGUCUGAAACACCGAAAUGCUCCAUCAGUUUUGUGCCCAUAAAAUGCCUUUGCCGAGAUUUACAGCUUGACUGUGAUGAGUCCAAAUUACGAACUGUUCCAUCAGUUUCUUCAAAUGUGACCUCCAUGUCACUUCAGAGGAACUUAAUAAGAAAACUUCCUGCUGAUGCCUUCAAGAAGUACCAUGACCUUCGGACACUGUUCUUGCAAAACAAUAAGAUUAGAUCCAUAUCCAAGUAUUCUUUCAGAGGACUGUACAAUCUUACUAAACUGCACCUUAGUAAUAACAGGAUAACCUUCUUGAAGCCUGGUGUUUUUGAAGAUCUCCACAAAUUAGAGUGGCUGGUAAUUGAUGAUAAUAACCUCAGCCAAAUUUCCCCACUAACAUUUUAUGGACUAAGUUCUCUUAUACUCUUAGGCCUGAUGAAUAAUGUCCUCACCCAUUUACCUGACAGACCUCUUUGUCAGCACAUGCCAAGACUGAAUUGGCUGGAUGUUGAAGGCAACCAUAUCCAUAAUUUAAAAAAUUUGACUUUUACCUCCUGCAGUAGUUUAACUGUUUUGAUAAUGGGGGGAAACAAAAUUAAUGAUCUAAAAGAAAAUACGUUUGCACCUCUCCAGAAACUAGACGAAUUGGAUUUAAGAAAUAAUAAGAUUGAACAUCUUUCACCAUAUGUAUUUAAGGAUCUAAAGGAGCUCUCAAAAUUGAAUCUUUCCUAUAACCCAAUCAAGAAAAUUCAUGCAAAUCAAUUUGAUUCUCUUGUCAAACUCAAGUCUCUCAGUCUAGAAGGAAUUGAAAUUUCAAAUAUCCAACAAAGGAUGUUCAGACCGCUUAUGAAUCUCUCUCACAUCUAUUUUAAGAAAUUCCAGUACUGUGGAUAUGCACCACACGUUCGCAGCUGUAAACCAAACACUGAUGGAAUCUCAUCUCUAGAGAAUCUCUUGGCAAGCAUCAUUCAGAGAGUGUUCGUCUGGGUUGUGUCUACAGUUACAUUCUUGGGAAACAUCUUUGUCAUUUGUAUGCGACCUUAUAUCAGGUCUGAGAACAAGCCGCAUGCCAUGUCAAUCAUAUCUCUCUGCUGUGCUGACUGCCUGAUGGGGAUAUACUUAUUUGUGAUUGGAGCCUUUGACCUAAAGUUUCGUGGAGAAUACAAUAAGCAUGCGCAGAUGUGGAUAGAGAGUUUUCAUUGUCAGCUUACGGGGUCUUUGGCCAUCCUCUCUACGGAAGUAUCAGUAUUACUUUUAACAUUUCUGACAGUGGAAAAAUACAUCUGCAUUGUGUAUCCCUUUCAAUUUUUGAGACCUAGAAAAUGCAGAACAAUUACAAUGUUGAUUCUCAUUUGGAUUAUUGGGGUUAUAGUGGCUUUUGUGCCAUUGAGCAAUAAGGAAUUUUUCAAAAAUUACUAUGGCAACAAUGGAGUAUGUUUCCCUCUCCAUUCGGAAGACACAGAAAGUAUUGGAGCCCAGAUUUAUUCAGUGACAAUUUUUCUUGGUGUUAACUUGGUGGCAUUUAUCAUCGUAGUUUUUUCCUAUGGAAGCAUGUUUUACAGCGUUCAUCAAAGUGCUCUAACAGCAAGUGAAAUACGGAAUCAAGUUAAAAAAGAGAUGACUCUUGCCAAACGGUUUUUCUUUAUUGUAUUUACUGAUGCAUUGUGCUGGAUACCCAUUUUUGUACUGAAAUUUCUUUCAUUGCUUCAAAUAGAAAUACCAGGUACCAUAAACUCUUGGGUAGUGAUUUUUAUUCUGCCUAUCAACAGUGCUUUGAACCCAAUUCUCUAUACUCUGACUACAAGACCAUUCAAAGAAAUGAUACAUCAGUUUUGGAAUAACUACACACAGAGAUCAAUUGGCAGCAAAAGAAGUCGGCAAACACAUACUCCAUCACUUAUGUGGAUAGAAAUGUGGCCGCUGCAGGAGGUGCCCCCUAGAUUAAUGAAGCCAGCUCUUUUCACAGACCCCUAUGAAUUGUCCCUAAUUUCUCAAUCAACCAGACUCAAUUCCUAUUCAUAA